CAGGCGCGGUGGUCGCGUCGCCGUCGCCGGGCUCCGUAGCCCGCGCCGCUUCGCCUGCUUUGGCCCCUGAGGCGGCCGCCCCAGCGGUCCUGCGGCUCUUUCUCCUGCGGCUGCGGGCCGCGGGGGCCGAGGCCAUGUCCCGGAAGCAGGCCGCCAAGGGCCGGCCGGGCAGCGGCAGCCGCAAAGCCGAGGCCGAGCGCAAGCGGGACGAGCGGGCGGCGCGCCGGGCCCUGGCCAAGGAGCGGCGGAACCGGCCGGAGUCCGGCGGCGGCGGGGGCUGCGAGGAGGAGUUCGUCAGCUUCGCCAACCAGCUGCAGGCCCUGGGGCUGAAGCUGCGGGAGGUGCCGGGGGACGGCAAUUGCCUGUUCAGAGCCCUUGGGGACCAGUUGGAAGGACACUCGCGGAACCAUCUCCGGCACCGACAGGAGACGGUGGAGUACAUGGUGAAGCAGCGGGAGGACUUUGAGCCCUUUGUGGAGGACGACGUUCCCUUUGAGAAGCACGUGGCCAGUUUGGCAAAGCCUGGAACAUUUGCUGGCAAUGAUGCAAUUGUAGCCUUUGCAAGAAAUCAUCAGUUGAAUGUGGUGAUUCAUCAACUUAAUGCCCCUUUGUGGCAGAUCCGCGGUACGGAUAAAAGCAACGGGCGGGAGCUGCACAUCGCCUACCGGUACGGCGAGCACUACGACAGCGUGCGCAGGAUCAACGACAACUCGGAGGCGCCGGCACGCCUGCAGACGGAGUUUCAGAUGCUUCAUCAAGACGAAUCAAAUAAAAGAGAGAAAAGCAAGGCACAGGGCGUGGACUUUGAAGAUGGCCUUCGAGAUGCAGUGGAAGAUGCUGUCCAGAAAGUUUGCGGCGCAACCGGCUGCUCCGAUUUUAAUUUGAUUGUUCAGAACCUGGAAGCUGAAAAUUACAAUAUUGAAUCUGCGAUAAUUGCCAUGCUGCAGAUGAACCAGGGGAGAAGAAAUAAUGCAGAGGAGGACCCUGAGUCCAGUGGCGGCGUGCUGACGCAGCGUGCUCCCUCAUGGGCAGAGGGAGGCAGUGGCGGCAGACCCUUCGGGACUCAGGGUGUGGGUGAAGGCGGGACUGAGGACAGGAGGGUGCAGGCCGGCCCUGCUGAGGAAAACAACGCGAACAAAAACCAGCUCCCGAAGGUCACGAACAAACAGAGGCGGGAGCAGCAGCGACUGGAGAGGAAGAAGCGACAGGAGGAGAGGCAGCGCCACAGGGCCCUGGAGGGCAGGGGCAGCCGCAGGGACAGCGGCAGGAGCGAGGCGGACGCCGGCGCCCAGGUCACCUUGGUGAAGACCUUCGCGGCUCUCAGCAUCUGACUGGCCUCCUGGGAGUUGUCAGGAGCGAAUGGAAAGUGGAGGGCUGUGUGCCAGGCUUUCCAGUGAGGCCGUCCUUUUACAGAACAAAACUCAACCCACAGAAUCACUCACCGAGUUAGUCUCCUUCAAGCUGCCUUUUUUUUGUUCAGAGUUUUGUCCAGUGAUGUGUUUUAUUUAAUGAAAGUACAGUGAAGCCAUUCAUGUUCUGUGAUUAAAAUAUCGAGUUUUAGGGGUGGAUAGUUAGGUUAAAAAAAAAAACAAAACAGAAAAACUUUUAAGUGUGGUUUUAUUUGCCCUGAAGAUUUAGAGUUUGGUGACCCUGGGAUCUUUCCUUAACACUUGGGGUGAGUUUGCUGUAAUUGUUCAUGAAGUAGUUUAGAUUAAUUGCUAGAAAUUCAGAGGACAAGUUUCCUUUGUUUCUGUUUCAUUUUCAAACAGACAUUAAUUUGCAGGAUAGUUUAUAAAUGAUCUCCAACUCAGGUACAUGUUUAGAAUUAACUUUCUUCUACUCCAGGUUAAUCAGAGAAUAAUUCAGGAAGUGUUUUUCCAAAGUAAUGUGAUAGGGAGGUUGUGGCCUGUAUGCAGGUUGGCAAUUAAACAACCACAUUUCUCUUCCUGAUCAUGAUGUUCAGAUGGGUUUGCAGGUACUGCUGGUUCAUUUGUACUCAAGCCAUAUGAUAAAUAGGCCUGACUGUUAAUUAGGCCUGGGCCUUGCUGGAAAAUUGGUAGUGUGGCUGAGUGUUUGAUACUUGUUUCUUGACGGUAAGAAGAUGCUGUAUGACUGCUUACGAUACAGGUCUGGGAUUCUGAAAGCAUGCAGUCCAGAAUCUGUAGUUGUGAAGGGAAAGAUCGCCAGAGUCUGAGGUUUUGCACAGGAGCAGUCUGAAGAGUUCUUUUUGUUUUGUACGGAGAGAGUGUCUGGAAGACCUGCUAAGGUUUUUCAUGUUCACAUUUUAAGUGAGUUGACUGUCUUUUCUUCCUUGCUAUCCUAGAUUUAGAGAGAUUCCUUCAGAGGAAAAGUAACUUGAGCUGUUUUUUAGUUUCUUAGUAUUGUGAAACUAAGUCCCAUAAAAUGCUGCACUUUCUUCUUCUAGUUAAGCCCCGUUUGGGAUUUUGCUCUUGGAAAAACUCUCCAGCACCCUCUGGAAGUCAUCAGGGACUUAGCGUAGACCAGCUGGGCUGAGAAAGCACUUGGGCUGAGGCCCUGCAGUGGCUCCACGGUGCUGAAAUAGUCAGGUUUGGGCAGUGGGAGGCAUCAUCCCUCAAACAGUUAGAUGGAUGUGAACUUUAACCCUUGAAGUGGCCAAUCUUGGACCGUUUUUGCCUUUUGAAGACCUAAUAUUUGGAGAAAUAAUAUUUGCUGAACUGAAACGUAAGCUACUGGUUUUCUCCUCCAUCUGAGAUUUCAAAAUGACAAGAGUUCCAAGGCAAAGGGAAGCUGAUAAGAAAGUUUGACAUGUGUAGACAUAGCAUUGUGUGGGCGGCCCUUGGCUUUAGCAGGUUGUCUUUAUCAGCAAGUAAUUUGCUUUCUUUGGUUUUGAUAAUGUAUUUUAAUUUUUUGUUUGUUGGACUUUGGUAACUUUUUGUGGUUGGAGCCUCAGUAGUCUCUUGGAGGUGCUCCCAGGACAUCCUGGUACAGUACUUCAUAACAUGUAGCAGGCUUAGAAACGGCAUAGCAUUUUUUCUUUGCACACUGCAGAGUCCUGAGUUAGAGCUUCUGGCGCUCAGUACAAGGAAGUCAGCCAUCUCUGUUGCCUCGCCGACUCCAAGGGAGUGCGGUCCAGUGCUUUAGGCUCUGUUCUCCUGGGUUUCCACUGUGGCUGAGCAUUUCUGAGUGAGUGAGCACUGUUUCUUGAAUGUUUGUAUUGUGAGGAUUCAGGAGACCAGAUCCUCUCACACAGUGAAGAUUGUGUUACCAGGAAUCCAGCAGAAUUAGGAGUCAGAAAUAGCGGAGGGAGACCUAUCGUCAGAAGUAGUAGGAUUGCUUUAUUUACAUGGUUAAAGAAGCUGGCCUUGGGCUCUAUUGGGUUUUAGAAGUUGCUAAAGAGUUACUAUAGAAUAUUGGGCGCAUUUAUUUAUGAAUUACCGAAUUCUGAGGAUAGGCUUCACCUUUUCUUGGGUAAAUGGUUUUAAAAACUAAUCUAGUGGCUUCAGUAGUUUACUUACAUUACUAUUUCACAGUUUUCCAGUUAUAAUUGGCCUGUGUUGAGUAUGUUAAUUAUUUGGGAUGGGGUACAUGUAUCCAACUUUGGUGAUAUCUUCUAGCUAAGGGUUUAAAUUUAAACUUCCCUGCCUCUGUCCCACCAAAGUAUGAGGUAGAUGGAAUCCAUGUGAUAGUUGGCUGCCUCGAUAGGCUCUGGAGAACCACAUUAUUGGCAGCCAAGUAGGGGCUUGGCGUGUUUAUUAGUCCUAGGAUGACUGGUCAGUGGUGGUUACCUGGUGCGGUUACUCAGGUGCACUGCAUUGUGAGAAGUGAAGUUUUCUUAACCUCUGUGGCUGUUAGAUGUUUGUUCUGUGGGGUUAUCUUGGUAGCUUUGGUCAGGAGAAAGGGGAUGGGGUGGUGGUCCAUAGCUGCUUACUUGUCUUAUAAGCUGUACAUAAAAGUUUUAUGAAUUUUUUUAAAAAAAGAUUUUUUUAAAGGUCAAAAUAAAAUUUUAGUGGCAACAGCUUUGUACUAGAGGUAGAUGUAUUAAAACAGCAUAGAACCAUAACUUCUAAAUUAAUAUAGUUGCCACCAGGAGAUGUUAGAAGUUGUGUAUGUAUAUUUAAUUUUUCAGUAAUAGCAUAUGCUUUUAGGAGUGAAGUCUGGUCGAAGAGUUGUGGCAGAAAGAAGAGUCUGAAGGGUCGAGCUUGUCUGUAGUUCCCCCUAUAAGCUCUGGACGCACUUCCACACCCCGUGUGAUUCCGAGGGCUCUGGGAGCUCCGCUGUGGGGCACCUGGGGCCGGGCUUCGCGGGGGUGGUUUCUGACGCGCCGCCUCCUCACCCGGGGAGCUCUGCCGGUGGGAGAUGCCGAGAGGCGGGGGUCAGGUGGGCUUGGCACAGGGCUGCGCUUGCCUCGCAGGGAGUCCCUGUCGCGAGUGUGCAGUUUCUCUCAUUCUGAGAAACUCUCUAGACUGCCUGGGUUUUACUGGGUCCACAUGGAACGCUGUCGGUUUACCUCUGUGAGACGUUCAGCUCAGAGCGUGCAGUCGGCUGAAGGAAAGUCGGAUUCCUGGUCGGGGCUGACUCACGCUCUCCCUGGCCAGGAGGCUCGGUGUGGGCGGGGUGACAGCGGCGCUUGUUGGUUUUGGGGCCGUGGCCCUCUCUGACCCCCACCUGGGGUAGGCACGUAGCUCUUCACCUUUUUACCUCAAGGCUCUGUCUAUCUAUGGCAAACCUUUACACUCAGAGUCUGAUGCAGUUUUUUUGUUUUUGUUUGUUUGUUUGUUUUGACAUUUUCAUCAUUCACUGUUUGGUUCAUCUCAGCUUUCAGAACAAGCGUUGCUCAAACUCGGGGCCUUCCGACGGUGGUUCUGAGGUGAUUUGAUGAUGGCACUUUCUACAAGGCGUGUCUUUCUGACUCUAAAACAAAUUGUAUGUUUCCACUGAUGUUGUUAAGUUGAAGAUCUCGAUUGUAAAUGAUAGCAGAUCUUCUGCCAUCUCCUACGAGAGAGGGGAUGGGCAGUUGGUCUGCAGCAGAGACGCUGAGCAGCGGUCAUGGAGUGCGUGCACAGUACUGAACUCAGAAGGCGCCCCCAGAACCCAGGCCCGGGCAGGAGCUGGGCCUGGUCACUGCCUGUCCCCAUGUGUCCAGGGUAACAUGCCCUGUGAAAACCUCAGGCUCUUACCCAUUUCCUCUGAGGGAUCACCUUCUAGAGUCCUGCUCUCGUAGUUCAGACUACUUUGUAACUCGAUUAAAAUGUUUAGCAUCCUUGCAAAGGUACUUGAGAAGGAGCUGAUUCCAGUGAGGAAUGACUUCUGUGAAAGCAUGAACGUCUGUGGUGACCUCGGUGUAAGCAGGGCGUCCCCCGGUCCAGAGCAGCUUGUGCUCACUGAGCCGCAGCGCUGGGCGGUCGUGACCGCUGGUGAAAGCUCAGCAGCCCGCCCUCCCCUUCCCAUCUCGGCAUCCACUGGGACACCGUUGCCAGCCGUCCGUGAUGGGGGUGUGAGUGCGGCCCCAGACCUCGGCCUGCGCUCCGAUCCCCGACAGGUCCCUCGGCCACAGCGGAGGAGUGCGGCUGCGGGUUCCUCCCAUGGUUCAUCUUCGUGGGGGAAACGGCCCUUGGCCUCCCCGGAGCCACCCUUCCAGCCUCCAGCCAUGCUGAGCUCAGUCAGGAGAAGGGUAGAGCCAGGAGACUGACUGCAAACCUCUGUGCUCCUCGUGCUGACGGGGAAGCGCUGCUGGGCGUGAGUCCCCUUUAUGAGGGAGGGCAGGCGGGUCUGUGAACACUGGAGCCCCUGUGGCUCAGCCACCUUCUCUUUUUCUCCUGAUUGCACUACACUUGCUCUCGCUGCAGGCCGGAGAUACCCAAGACCUCUGUGGGGUCAUGACCCAGAGACUGAGCAAGUCUCGCCUUAUCCGUGGAGCUCGACAGGGAAACGUGACCAUUGUCUGAUGUCCGUAGUUCAUUUCUUCCUUCUUUCCUCGCGUUGUGUUACUCUGAACCGUUUUGGUUUUUAUUUACCAAAGUACUGUACUUGGCUAUUCGCAGUGUCUCCAGAACCAAAUGUUUUCUUUUUUGUCUGUUUUUAAUCUUCAAUACUUGGUGCAAUAGAAGCUGCGGAGAUGUGCCACUUUAUCUAUGAGAUGGGGUUUUGUAUACCAAUAAAUUCUGGUUUAAAGACAGA